GCCCUGGUGGCUCUUCUUCUUCGAGCGGAGGGAUUCGAACACUACCGCUGCGACAGAAACAUCUCCAUGGGAAUGAAUCUGAACAACAUGUCGAAGAUGCUCAAGUGUGCCGGAAACGACGAUAUCAUCACAAUUAAGGCGGAUGACGGCAGUGAUACAGUCACUUUCAUGUUUGAAAGCCCCACCCAAGACAAGAUUUCUGAUUUUGAGAUGAAAUUGAUGGACAUCGACAGUGAGCAUCUUGGAAUUCCAGAUGCAGAAUAUCAUGCUAUUGUUAGGAUGCCUUCUGUUGAGUUUGCUAGAAUAUGUAAAGAUCUCAGCAGCAUUGGUGAUACUGUUGUGAUUUCUGUGACAAAGGAAGGUGUCAAGUUCUCAACCAGAGGUGAUAUUGGAUCUGCCAACAUCGUUUGCAGGCAGAAUACUACUGUAGACAAGCCUGAAGAAGCAACAGUCAUAGAGAUGAACGAGCCGGUUUCUUUGACAUUUGCUUUGAGGUAUAUGAAUUCGUUCACCAAGGCCACACCCCUAUCCAACACAGUUACUAUCAGCUUGUCUUCUGAGCUACCUGUUGUUGUUGAGUACAAAAUAGCAGAGAUGGGAUAUGUUAGGUUUUACUUGGCUCCCAAAAUAGAAGAAGAUGAGGAUGAGACAAAGCCUCAGGUCUAGACUUAUUGAGUUGCAACUUAUAAAUCCAUUUUUAGGAUGUUCCUCUAACUUUUUUUUUUUUUAAAUGUAGUAUAGCAGUUAUGAUUUGUAAUUUAAGAGUUUUUCCUUGUCCAAUAUGUACUUCUGCUUAUGAGUUUUCAGUUUUUUAUUUAUUUUUUCUCUUAUCGUAUCUUCAGUUAAUUUUGAUAAUAGGAUAUUUGAGGGAUUUUGAGUGUUGUGGUAGAAAACCACUCUCUAAAAUGUUCAUAUUUAUGCAAGGAAUUAUGUUGGUUUUUGGAUCCA